AUGGCGAGCGAGUUCCAGUCCGCCAUGACCAUCCGGUCGCUCCGCAUACUCAAGAAUGAGCUGGAGUUUCUCGCCGACUCGUCCGUGAUCAAACCCGAUCAGCUCAAUGCUAUCCUCGCACAACUGCCCACUGAGACCGACGCCCGCGCCGCGGCCGCGCGCCAGAACCAAACACCCCCAUCACCAUUGCAGAUUCAGCCCCUGCCUCAACCGGUUCAAGCGCAACCUCCUCCAGCCCCAUACUCGCCCCCGGUUUCGCAGACGUCGAAUGUCCCGUUGAACGAAAAGACUCCUGUGUAUAAUCAAUACGCCACCCCUCCUCCGCAGGCACCACCCGCAUACCCUCAGGCCGCCACCGCGCCGUCUCUGGGCGUCGCCUCAGCGAUGUGGGCAUACACUCCAACUGAUAAUGGCGAUCUGGCGCUGGCGCCGAAUGACCGAAUCCUGGUUCUGGAGCAUAUGAAUGCUGACUGGUGGCGUGGUCACAAUGAGCGUACCGGCGAGGAGGGUAUCUUCCCCAAGAGUUAUGUCAAGCCACUUGAUGAGAAAGCAGGAAUUUACACGCCGCCCCCGCCUACCAGUUAUGGAAAUAUGCCUUUGGCUGUUAGCCAGAGUGGAUCUGGCCCAACUUCCAAUGAUCCCGAGCAGAAGAGCAAGUUUGAGCAGAAUGGCAAGAAGUUUGGCAAGAAAUUGGGUAAUGCAGCAAUCUUCGGUGCUGGUGCUACUGUCGGCUCCAACAUCGUGAACAGUAUUUUCUAA